CAGACAGCGGGCGGGCGCAGAGCUGCCGGGGCGGUGCGGCGCAUGCGCGCAGCGAGCAGCACGUGCGCGGGGCGGAGCCUGCGGCGCUUUGAGUAGCGCUGGGUCCCAGUACUCACGCUGUUACUGCGGAGCUGUGCUGGCGAGUGGAGGUUGCUGUCUGGGUAAUGGAUUUUGAGAAUCUUUUCUCAAAGCCUCCUAACCCGGCUCUCGGCAAAAAACCGGCCACCGACUCUGACGAAAGAAUCCAUGAUGAACUAGAUGAUGCAGAAGUUGAAGAAACACAAGAAGAGAAAAUAAAAUGGGAAGUAAAACUGGAGUAUGAGCCAAUUCCCAAAAAAUUUAGGCACUUUGGAAAUUCUACAUCACCAAAGAAAUUGCCGUACAGAAAAUCAAGGAGUAAGGACUAUGAUGCAUAUAGUGAUGAUGAUAUCGGUGGUCAGGAACCGGAAGAUAACUUUGCCAAAGAGCUCCAGCAGUACAUACAAGCUAAAGAAAUGGCAAAUGCUGCUCAACUUUCUGAAGAAUCUGUGAAGAAAGAAGGAGCAAAAGGUACCCAGCAUGCUGCCAAACAAAAAAAUAAAAAUCUUAAAGCUGGUCACAAGAAUGGUAAACAGAAAAAAAUGAAGCGAAAAUGGCCUGGCACUGGAAACAAAGGGUCAAAUGCUUCACUGAGGAACAGUGGCUCACAGGAAGAGGAUGGUAAACCUAAAGAGAAGCAGCAGCCUGUGAGAAUGAGUCAGGGAUUCAUCAACCAACAUACAGUGGAACGCAAGGGGAAACAAGUUUGUAAAUAUUUUCUUGAAAGGAAAUGUAUUAAGGGAGACCAGUGUAAAUUUGAUCAUGAUACAGAGAUAGAGAAGAAGAAGGAAAUGUGUAAAUUUUAUGUACAGGGGUAUUGUACCAGAGGUGAAAAUUGUUUAUAUUUGCAUAAUGAAUAUCCUUGCAAGUUUUACCAUACAGGAACGAAAUGUUAUCAGGGAGAAUAUUGCAAGUUUUCACAUGCUCCACUAACUGCUGAAACACAAGAACUGUUGGCUAAAGUUUUGGAUACUGAAAAGAAGUCAUGUAAAUAAUGUAGACAUAAACAGUUUUGUACAGAUGAAGAAUACUUCUGCCUAUGCCUGUUCAAGAUUGUUCAAGACUGGUGAUUUGGGAUAGUUUACAAGAUCCCUCAUUUAAAGCACCCUCUUUUGUCAUUGUGAUGACGUGCAACUUCCUUACUGGAUGGCGGAGAGGGGCGGAAUCUAGUGUACAAGGGAAGGGGUUGGUCUUCACGGAAAUGUCCCAGCCCUUGGAACAGGAGAGGAACAUGUGUGGCAGAGAUGCUGGCUGGUGGGUAAAUUUUGUGCUGGUACCAGAAUCUCUUCUGUGGUUGAGUUUUCUCACUAAAAUACAAAGCAAGGUUAGGCUCAGUAAGGUAGGCCACGAGGUGGAGGAGGUGUGAGGAGAGAAGUGAGAAGACAUUGGGAUUAUAGACUAUAAAAUAGAGUUAGAUCUCUCAUGUCGUUGAAUACAUUCAUGACGUUUUUAAUGAUUGCUCAUGGUUCUGUUUUAUGGCUUAAAAUAAUAGUUCUAAGAUUUUUAAGCCAAUUUUCUGUUAUUGGACAUAUAAGUUAUUUCUAGUUUUUUAUUGUUUAAUAAAUAAAGUGGAACAUACAUAUCUCUUAACAUACCAUUGGAGUUCCUAACUCUUGUUGUUAAAAUAUAAAAAUAUUUAUCUUACUCACUGGUUCAGAAACUAGUCAGAGUAUGUACUUGUGUAAAAUAUAAAUCUUCAGAGUGAACCAUACCUCAUGUAUAGUUUAGUACUUAUAAAGUAUAAAUGUUCAUAUUUAAAGUUUAUAAGAAGAAAACAAUUCCUUUAUUCCUGAGGCAGCACCCAUCUCAUUGUAAACUUAAAAGACCGAACAGAGGAGCCAGCAGGUGGCAAGGUAGUUAAGGCUCCUACAUGGCUGACCGCAGUUCAGGUCCCU